CAGAAAUGUGAGCACACUAAACAACUCAAUCUGCCCUUGCAUUGAAUCGAUACAACAGAGAGAAAUAAAAUAUGAAGGAGGUAUUUCUUGUGCUUAUUUUUACAGUUCUACCGCACAUCACUGUGGGGGCAGGUGAUUGGUGCUAUCAGUCCCAGUUUUCAUGCAGUGCACAAUGCAAUUUUCCGAGUGAUUGGAUUAAAACAUCUGCAAAAUGUGGUGGAAAAAAGCAGUCCCCAAUUAACAUUGUGACACGAAAAACUGUUUAUGAUUCGAAGCUGAAUUCAUUUACCUUUGAAAACUAUGACAGCUCCAAUACUGUAACAAUAAAAAACAACGGCCACACUGUUCAAGUUGAUCUGGCGGCUAAUAUAACGAUCAGCGGUGGACGUCUUGAAGGAAAAUACAAAGCUUUGCAGUUGCACCUGCACUGGGGCACUGAUGCAGGCCCUGGCUCAGAGCACACAGUAGACGGGGAGCAGUACCCCAUGGAGCUACAUAUUGUCCACAUAAAAAGGAACUAUACUAACAUAAAUCAGGCGCUAACUGAUCCAACUGGCGUUGCUGUGCUUGGAUUCAUGUACGAGGAGGCAGCUCAAGAUAAUAUAAAAUACAAACCUCUAAUUGAUGCCUUAUUAAAAGUUCAAGACAAAGGCACGGACUCUACAAUCCCUAACAUGAAGUUGACCGACCUCAUUCUGACAAAAGAAAACCUGGCUAAUUAUUUCCGCUAUGAAGGAUCUCUGACGACCCCCUCGUGUGAUCAAGCUGUGGUCUGGACACUUUUUGUAAAAACGAUUCCUCUCAGCAAAGCACAGCUUUCUGCUUUUUCACAGAAACUCUUCUUCAAAACAAACAAAACAAUGAGGGGAACGUUUCGACCCGUUCAGCCUCUGCACGGCCGCACUGUGUACAGGUCUGGGAGCAGCGUUACCUUUGUCAGCACUACAGUACUAUCAGUCUCUGUUAUAUGUGCCCUUGGGUUGUCAUCCUGGCUUCACUAAGGGCAUAUACAGUUUAUACCUGCUUGUAGUAAAAUGUUGUUAACAGGCCAAGAGUAAAUAUAACAAAAUAGCCUUGUGUUAAUUCAAAUGCAUUAUGAGGCAGGCAUUUGAGGAAUGCGGCAUCUGAUUGCAUCCAUAACUUGAAAUCAUCGUAAGUAAUUUCUUUGGUAAAAGUCAACUAGACAAUCGUUUAUUUAGACUAUAAUUAAACUGGCAUUAAGUCAAUUUGAUUAAAAAUAAUGAAAUACUGAAGAAUAUAUGCAUAAUAUAGGCUGCAAUAGUGAACACAUAUACACAUAUACAUUUUUGCUAUUAAACGUUGUAGAUGAAACUCUGUAUUUCAUAUAUAUAUAUAAAUAUAUUGAUUAUAUAUAUAUAUAUAUAUAUAUAUAUAUAUAUAUAUAUAUAUAUAUAUAUAUAUAUAUAUAUAUAUAUAUAUAUAUAAGAAUGCGUUUGGAAUAAGGCUAUAUUUAUUUAUCUACCUCGAGGCUUCUAUUGUCUGUUAUAAAUGUAAUUAUUGUGACUGUUUCCUGGGAUUAUGGAACUCUACUGAACCGAUUAUGAACUGUGUCGUGUACUGUAUAUUUGUACUGCAUAGUAGGUAUAAGAAUGUUAACUAUGUUUUUUGAAUUACACCGACUCACACAUUUUAAUUUUAAAACCUGCUAGGGUCAGGUUCAGAAUUUUAAAAAAAUGCAGUAAUUGAAGAAACUGUGAUAUAUUUAUAUACAAUAGAUUUAAGGCUUGUUUGAAAUGGCAAUGCAGAUGGAGUGACCCUCCUCAAUGUUAUGGGUUACUGUGAAAAUUAUUUGUAAUGAUACGCAAGAUACAAGAUUAUGAAGACUAUGACAUAUGAUAUAUAUAUAGAACCAGAAGUGGACAUUGCCUAUGUUGUUUCUGCAUUUGUUAACUUUAUAAUACAUCAUUAUGAGUUCUCAAAUGUGUUCAUUUUUACAUGUGCAUAUGGAGCUAUGCAUAUUUAUUAAAUUAAAAGUUUUACAUCACA